GUGAUACCAAGAAACUGUCUUUCUAUCAGUUAAUGGCGACGCACCGCUUUUCCGAUCUCCCUUCUUCGGAUAUCUCUUCAUUUCUUUAUUUUCUCAGGCAUGAAUGAAUAUAUAUGUAUGUAUGUAUCCGUGCGCGCAUAGCGCAAUUUCCGUAGACGGAAUCUGCUUGUGUGAAUCGAUAACUGUAGCAGUUUCGAACUGAUUUGAAUUGAUUUGGUGUUUCCGUAAGCGGAAUCUGCUGCCUGGUGUUAUUGUUUUACGACAUUAAUCUGGACUGAUGAUUUCUUGUUCCUGUGAAGAUCGGAUGUUUUGCGUGUUCUUAGAGCCAGUCAGCAUUGGGUUUUAACUGCUCUGUGAUAUAUUGUUGGCUUUCACUGAUACUGCUUGUGUAGGAAUUAGUAGCAUUCCUUCUGGACAGAUGAUGUUUCUGUAAAUCAAGUUAAAAUCUUUUAAGAAUUCUGAUCUUUUUAGUGAUGUUCAAGGGGGUUUAACUUGGAGUUUUUGAUUUUUCGCGAGGACAGUGCUGUUAUUUUUAAAAUUUGAAUCUUGUUCUUGUGCACCCACUACGGGCAUUUUGAAAUCCCACUUUCACUCUUGCUUGCCUUAUAAAUGUUUGGAUUUCAGGGGUUCAGAAUUUGUGAACUGGUAGAAAGGAAAGUAUAGAGCACACAUAGGUGAUGUCUUUCCACUGGGCCGACAAGCAAUGGAAAUGUGGAAAGGGAGGCACCGUGAAUUUGCAAAGAGUGAGCUCACUUGUCCGCGACAUUGGAGAGCCUUGUCUCCAUCAAUCUCCUAUAAAGAUAAACAAAACGCUCAAGCCAGAUAGGUGGCAAGCAACUUUUGAUAGUGAAGGAAAGAUACACGGGUUUCAAAAAGUUCUGAAAUUGAUCAUUUUUGGGGGUGUUGAUCCAUCUAUAAGACCAGAAGUUUGGGAAUUUCUUUUAGGUUGUUAUGCUGUAAGCAGCACAGAAGAGUAUCGAAGACAGCUGAGAACUGCUAGGAGGGAAAGGUACAAGGAUCUUAUAAAGCAGUGUCAAUCGAUGCAUUCCAGUGUUGGGACUGGUUCUCUUGCUUAUGUUGUAGGGUCUAAAGUUUUGGAUAUGAGAACCAGUUCCAAAGGUGAUGGAAGAAGGGAAACCCUAGCUGAAAAUGCACGAGUUUCCUGUGCUCAUACUAGAAACUCUGAUUGGGACAAUAGUUGUAUAGAUACAUCAAAUGCGUAUCACAGGGAGAUCUCUAGUGAUCCUGGUGACCUUUUAAGUGUGAGGAGAAGCACAGAUGGCGCAGCAUGUGACUCUUUCUGUUCGUUGCCUGAUCCUGGUCCGUUUAAUUGCAGUUCCCCCACAUUUGAUUCAGAAGCACAGGAAUCAGAAUCUGUUGCUGGAAAUGAUUUUGACUUCCCUCCUUUGCCUGUGACAGAUUUGUUUGAGAAGAAUAGCAAAAAUAGGAAAGUGCGUAGGUUACAUGAUACUAGAUAUAUACGGCGUAAAUUGCAGUUUAGAGAUGAACGUAUGCACAGCUUCAGCAUAAAGAACAAUGCUGAUAUAGUUAUUGAAUCAAAUGCCACCCAAUCUUAUGAUACAUUGCAUUCACAGAACUCUGGAACUGAAAGAGUUUGUCCUGAUGUGUCUGAUCCCCUUUCACCGUCUAACAUGGGGGGACAUGAAAUUGAUAUCUAUGACAGAACUGUACUUUCUGAAGCACCUGUUAUGGCAAAUAUUAAUGUGACUUCAGCUGAAGAAGGUUCUCUCAGGGAAGAUAGAGUGUCUGAAUGGCUAUGGACACUUCAUCGAAUAGUUGUCGAUGUAGUAAGAACAGACAGUCAUCUCGAAUUUUAUGGUGAUGCUAAAAAUUUGGCUAGGAUGUCAGACAUACUUGCGGUUUAUGCCUGGGUUGAUCCUGCAACAGGAUAUUGCCAAGGAAUGAGUGAUUUACUGUCUCCCUUCAUUGUUCUUUUUGAGGACGAUGCUGAUGCUUUUUGGUGCUUUGAAAUGCUUUUACGUAGAAUGCGUGAAAAUUUUCAGAUGGAAGGCCCAACUGGUGUCAUGAAGCAGUUGCAAGCACUAUGGCAAAUCUUAGAAUUUACUGACAAAGAAAUGUUUUCACACCUGUCAAACAUAGGUGCUGAGAGCCUCCAUUUCGCAUUCCGGAUGCUUUUGGUACUCUUUCGUCGGGAGUUAUCUUUUGAUGACGCUCUUUGUUUGUGGGAGAUGAUGUGGGCUGCUGAUUUCAAGAAAACUGUGCCUUUUGAUCUAAACGAGAACUGCCCAGAACUAUUGGUAAUCCAGGCUGUGAAAGAGUCUGAUGUGGAGAUAGGCGAAGAAAGUUUUGACAAUAAAAGUAAAGACUCAAAUGAGUCACCCUCCAAAAAUGGAAAUGCAGAACACACCAUUUCUGAGAACACUGGAUUGAAGUCGACAUUGGUUCAGCCCUUUUGUGGUUUGGCUCGAAAUUUAUGGUCAAAAAACGAUCACAAUCAGAAUGGAACAGCUGUGUCAUCGAUUUGGAGUAGUGAUGACGAACUGCCAGUUUUCUGUGUGGCGUCCAUCCUAGUUAUGAACCGCCAAAAGAUAAUUAAAGAAACUCGUUCCAUUGAUGACAUGAUAAAGGCAGGUCCAUCUUAAUUCUUUUAAGUUUGCUUUACCAUAUUUAUUUAUCUCAUCCAUUUCUUUUCCUGAACUGGUCUUUGCUCCCCGGUAGAGGGAUAAGAUUCCACCAGAAACAAGGACAUGCACUUGUGGAUAGUCAAUUUAUUGCUCAUAUCUCGGAACUAGUAAUAGUUUGUUCUAAGCAGCUUUUGAACCAUAAACAUUGAAUACUUUCAGAUUUUCAAUGAUAAUAUGUUAAAGAUUCGGGUGAAGAGAUGUGUUAGAACAGCCAUCAAACUGCGAAAGAAGUAUUUUCACAAGCUUAUCAAGAGCAGAAGCCCGGUAGCUCAUCAAAAUGAAGAUUGAGGGCAAAGGCAAAAAGUCAUCUUGAUUAUAAUCCAAGUUGAGUUGAUGGAUAUUCACUAGUGAAAAGUGCUACUAGACGAUUGAGAUGAUCCCUCUUUUAGGCACUGAAAGCCAACCACCACUCUUCUCCCGGGUCUCUAAGCAACCAGCGUCCAUCGAUUCAUUGCUCUCACUCACAAUCUUGUCCUGCCUGCCACCAGAUACUGUAUUCGCCUAUUCGGUUUGCCUGUGUAAUAACAAUUUUGAUUUCCAGUGGGAAAAAAAAGAGAAAAUUGUUGAGAAAAACACUUGAAGAAUUUGAGGCUGUCUUUGCAGAUUAAGGGUAUGUUUGGUUAGAGGUGAGGGAUGGAAAGAAAAGGAAGGAUGAGGUUUAGAAGAUUUCUAAAAGCCUCAUUUCCCUUUCUCUUUAGCUCUCCUCCAACCAAACGCACCCCAAGAGUGGAUUUUUACACAAACGCGUUUGUUUGUUCUUGAACUGUGUCUGUCAAAAAAAGGGAAGUGAUGCAUGCAUCUUUUUCAAGGGUAUUGUUUAUUGGGUUGUCCCCUCUUUUUCUGUGAAAUCAAUUUGUGGAUGCUUU